CACGUGGCCGCGUGUCCCUUGCGACCGCGACCAAGUUCUCCACUUGACAUCUAGUCGCAGCUCUCUUUAACGCACCGAAGCGCUUCUUCGCAUCAGGAGGAACUCCUUCGCUCUGCUCGCUCUUGCCAUAUUGUCGACACUCGUGCCACGCAUUCCAGCUUUGCCGACUGCGCUAGCUGUCACAAUAUAUGGGAGGCGUAGUAUAUGGGGUUCGAAUGACUGGCUUUACUCCACAUUCUGCACGAUAGAAGUCGCGACGGCGACGAUAUUGGCGUUCAAUAUUCUGCAAUCGGUGUAUGCAGUCAAAUACCCUCGCGCGCCGCUCCCCCCUACGCCAGCCAAAGUGAAGAAUCUUCGAAUGGCUCCCCCCACCCCACAGCGUGUGUUGCGGCUUUCAACCAAUUCGAGUCCGUCGCCCCAGAAAGCAUUUUCUUUCAGCACGGCAGGGUCUGUGCUUCGCUCUUCAACUGGCUAUCCGCCCUCUCCGCUAUCGACACCAACCAAAAGCAUGCAUUAUUCAAUGGCGCCAGGAGCAUCUACAAACACACUGCUAUCUUCCACGACCUCUGUGAAUACUCCGAGCCCUAUCGUGUCCGCCUACCUCGGCAAACACACAGGGAACUUCACUGCACGCCCCUUGGACGGCGCAUUUUUGUCUGAAAUUCAGCGCGCAGAAUCAGAUGACGAGUGAGAAAUGGGCAGAUCCUAUUGUACUCUGGGAGGCCCUUAGCAUACGUCCAUCCCAAUCGUAGUCGUUGAUUGUUCCCAUGGGCCAGACGCGAAUAAGGGGUGCCAAUAACUUCUUGGGACAAUGACCAUUGGCACAUCAUGUACAUACAUACUUAAGUACGACGUGCCGAUCGCAAUCAAAACAGAAAAAAGGUUCGGCCGUGUUUGACCACCGCUACUAUCAUUGACCCACUUCUGCAAUUGCACCCUGAUCUGCAAUCCGUGAUAAACACACAUUUC